UUUUCAAUAGUUGUUAGACAACGUAUUCAGUCGUUUCACAAAAUACUAUAAUCUGUAGAUUUAUUUGUAUAGUCAGUGGAAAAAAUGCCCAACUUUAAUGGGGCCAUUAUUAUGCAUACGUUGCAGUUGAUCAAGACACCGGCAACGCUUCGUGAAAUUGUGGUGACAAUCUCUAAGAAUAUCGACUUGUCGCAGGAUGACCUCAUGAAGCCGGUCAAACAGACCCUAGACAUGGGCUAUCGUAUGGGUUUCUUGCAGAAACUAAAUGGUAGAUACUUUCUGGUGCCAAUGUCCUUUGAGACGCUCAGAUCUGAAAUGAAAUCGGCAGGCAGUCAGGGGUCCAGGGGCAAGCCCGAUCCUGUCGAAAAGGCCGACUUAAAGCCCAAAAUCGAAAAGCGAGCAACUGGCAAACAGCACCCACAGGCAGUGAAGGCAAUCGAGAUAUUCAAUAAGAAUCAGACACACAACAAUCAGUUUGCGUCGGGAAUGUUGGGACAUGAGUCUACGACCACAUUGAUGCCAUCAUCAUCGAUGCAGGUGAAAUCAGGUGGAUUGGCGCUACGUAAGCCGAAGCGCACACAGCAAAGUAUUAAAUAGAUGCAGUUGCAUCUACCAAUCUGCCUUCUCCCAAAAGCAGCGAAAAUUUACCGUUAGCCUGUUGUAAUUACUGUGUUGAGCAAUUAAAAUUAAAUCGAUAUGUCUAU